UUUGGUCAGGACUUGGGAACUCAACAAUUACUGAACUUGAACUGUAAUUGGGCCCAGAAAAUUGUCAAAACAGUCGUGAAUCGCAUGCCAAUAUGAAUAAAAAUGUUGUCACAAAAUUGAAAUGCUAGGAAAAAGGAAGGUCUGUUUUACUGCCUAGCACGGUGCCCGCUAAGGGAGGUCAGGUGGUUAACCCCAAGUUCAGUGGAGCUGUCAUCUGUCAUAAUGUCAAAAUGUUCGGUCCUAGAAGCCGCCUUGAGGCACAACCCGCUGUUUUUCCUGAUGUCUCCCAACUCUGUGAAGAAGCUCACAGCAGACGAGGGAAGGUCGCCGGGCGUCUCAGCUGCCGCGGACACCUGUGGCGGGCCGGCCCAGUCGGAGGAGCAGUCGCAGGAGGCAUCCUCAGCGGCGGCCGAUCUCUCUGCGCACUCAGCAGAGUCGGCCCCGGCCGUCCCCUCGGCCAGGGCGCUAAGUCGCCGGGAGCGGAAGCGGAAGAAGCUGCAGGCCCUGCUGGAGCUGGUCGUCAGAAAUGAUUCAGCCAAGACAGCGGCCUCGGACGCCGCGGAGACGGCGGUGCCCAGUAAGAAGGCCCGCCGGGAGCCGCAGCAGACGGAGCGGCUGGACGGCGACACCACGAGUGCAGAGCGGGAGGACCAGGACCAGCGGAAGGACCAGGACCAGGACCAGCGGAAGGACCGGGACCAGGACCAGCAGAAGGACCGGGACCAGGCUGGGGCCGCGGCCGCCGACUACCGACUGCUCCGCCAGACGCUGCGCAAGAAGCGCCGAAAACAGCGUGUGCCCGAGUUCCGACUGUCCUGUACGGGCGACCACGCCUCGCUGCUAAUGGCCGCCCACAGUCGGACGCCCAUCUUCCUGCGCGACGUACAGACGCUGCUGCUGAACGCAGUGGUGCCCGAGCACGCGCCCUGGCCCACCCGGUGGUGUAACCUCUCUCACGCGGACCGGCUGCGCCGCACGCUGGCCGUGGUCGUGGACGGCCUGUCGCUGAGGGAGCUCCAGGAGCACAGGGAUGUGUUCCAGUCGACCCUGACGCUGUUCCCUCACCAGACGGAGCUGAUCUCUCCGGCCCACUAUGGUACCAGCGUGGCGGAGGAGAUCCUGAACGUGCCGCUCAGCAUGACGCACAAACACCGCCUGGUCAAACAGCUGGGCAGUCUGGACGGCGCGGUGCAGGCGGGUCUGAUCCGCCGCCAGUGGGGCGACUCCGAGUCCCCCGGCGCCGGCGCGCCGCUGCCGCGCACCCUGCCGGAGCCGGCCGCCGUCGGGAGGACCGCUCUGCUGCUGGAUAUUUCGCAGCUCAUGGACGAGGGCUACCCGCUGCCCGGCGCCGGACAGUACAGCAAACAGUUCGCCGGAUUCGUGCCCACCAAGGACAAAUACAAACCGGUGACGGACCAGUCCCCGAUGUACUCGAUCGACUGCGAGAUGUGCGUCACGCGCAGCGGCUCCGAGCUGACCAGCAUCUCCGUACUGGACGAGUCCGAGCAGCUCGUCUACGGCACGCUGGUCAAACCGGACAACCCCAUCCUCGACUACGUGACCCGGUACUCGGGCAUCACAGCGGAGCGACUGGAGGGGGUGACGACUCGGCUCGAGGACGUGCAGAAGGCGCUGCGGGAGCUGCUGCCGGCAGACGCCAUCCUCAUCGGACAGAGCUUCAACCACGACCUGCGCGCCAUGCAGAUGAUGCACCCGUACAUUAUCGACACGAGCGUCAUAUUCAACGUGACGGGGGUGCGGCACCGCAAGACCAAGCUGUCGCUGCUGUCCUACAUGUUUCUCGGAGAGACUAUACAGAACGAUGUGACCGGCCACGACGCCACUGAGGACGCCCUGGCGGCUCUGCGACUGGUGCAGCGUAAACUGGCGCGCGGCUACACGUACGGGGACGCGGCGCAGGGUGGCUACGUGCCCUGUAUGAACGGCAGCGGUCCGGAGCCCGAGGACGACUCGGCGCUGCCGGCGGCCGUCAACAUGGACGGCUACUACACCAGCCUGCUGGGACGGGUCCAGGAGGUCGGCGUUACCACGUCGAUCGUGGCCUCCGGACCGGGGGCCGACAUCUACCGCGUGGCGUGUGAGGCUACCAGCCACCCGUCCCUGAGCCUGGACCACGUCCCCAGCAACCGGCAGGCGUGUGACCGGGCCGGCCGGCUGGUGAGCUCUGCCGACCUGACCCUGUGUCACAUGGAGCUCAGAGACCGGCUGCACUGGUCGUGGCCGGCGGGCCGGCGGCGGCGCCACCUGGCGCGGCUCGACAAACGCCUGCGCCGGCUGUACCGGGCCGCGCCGGAGCGCUGUCUCAUCACCGUGGUGUGCGCCGGGGCCGGCGGGCAGACGGGAGACGUAGAGAACGGAGUCUGCCUCACCGCAGUCAAAUUGUCAGACGACGACGUGGCGCGCAGCUCCGCCGAUAACGACGACGACACGGACGACCACAGCUGAUGGCGUCACUGCGCGGGCACUAGGUACUGUGUGACGUCACUCUGCGGGCACUGGGUACAGUGUGAAGUCACUAUGCGGGCACUGGGCACAGUGUGACGUCAUUUCACAUCUCUGGACGUUCUAAUGUACUGCCAGGGCUGGGACAUUUGUUCAUAAGGGGGAAUUUGAUGGGGUAUCGCGACCGGAUGCGUUGUUUUCUGUUUGUGUGAAUUUCGCUGUGGAUGUUGUUACUUGUGUUGAUGAAAUGCUGGUUUCACAUGUUUCCGAAGUGCCUCUGCAUCUACAUAGUGACGCCACACCUAAGUGUGGCCGAAACCAACAUUGUCAAUUUUUACACAUUGCUCUUUUUGUGUUUUGGCUUUUUGGCCUUUGCUCGACCGAAAUUCCGCGACUUUAGGCUGGUGUGUCAUUGCCGUUUGCUAUGAGCAGGGUACAAAAUACAAAUGUCUGCUGUUGACCCGCGGAUCCCUCGGCUAUCUAGCGAAAUACGCGCUGGUGUGUGAGUAAACUAUGAAAAUUCAAUUAGAGACCAGUCUGGUGCGACGUGUACAAAACACGAACUGGCGAUUUAGGCUGUAUGAGGCCCGUGAUUCAGCGAUCACCGCUCAGUAACAGUGUAAAAUACAAUACAGUGGUACAAACCAA